CCUAACCUACAACGAAAAAGUAACUUCCCCGAAGUCGACAAGAAUAGCUAAGUACUUCCGGGUCACGGAUUUGUGGAAUUCUUCAGAAUAAGAGGCUGUAUACUUUGUAAAUUAUUAAUUACAGCGAACAUGAUGUGACAUUUGCAAAAUGAUCGAUAUUUUAUACUAGUUAUCAUACAAAUAAUAAUAAAAAAGACGUAUUAGAUAUGUUUUUAUUGUUAUUUUCACGUCUAAAUGGUGAACAAUGUUUUUGUUGUGUGUAUUCCAAUAAUUUAUUGCACAGAGUUAAACGUUUGCUGUACAUUGUGUCGCAGUAAAAGGGGGUACAUUCAACUCCGGAGUGCUUCUAGUUUCCAAAUCCAGAGUUGACACCCCGAGAAGCGUCGCUGCUAAUUUAACAGCCCCUUAAUUAAAGAGUGGCGAAUCCGUUUAAAUCUAAUUGGACAUACAUAUACAUUUUUAUAACAACCAAAUAAUUUUAAUAACUAAACCACAGCCUGUCGUUUCCAACGGGAACUAAUUGAGUCAUUCUGGGCAGAACAAACUAGGUGGGCAGAGCCAAGCAGAGCUUGCCGAGAUCCUAUUGGCGCGUUGUAGCAUUAUCUGCAUAUUUCCGUUAGGGAACGCCUACUCUGUGCAAUAAACUCAAUACGCCCUUUCGCACCUUCUAAACAAAGCGAUUUAUUAAAACGUUUGCAACGGGUAAAGUCUACAAAACUUAGUCCACUCUGUUCAUAACAUAUUUUAGUUUUGGGAACAAAAAACUACUGUAUUGAGAACAAAUGUUUAAUCGAUGAGAACAUUUGCAGAAUAUCGGCCAAAAUCCAUUUCGAUCCAUCUUUGACGACGAAACGGAUUUCCUGUCCAACUAGCCAUAGAUAGUUAGCUAUUUUUUUGACUAUUUGCAACGAGCAUACUGAUGGCUAACAACGAAUGAGUUUGGGUCCUCUGCCAUGGAAAGCAUGCUGUUAUCUGUUCGCCUUAUCCAGAGAACAUGACACUCCCUAUGCUGGAAUCUUCGAACAUUAUGGCCCAUCUCGAGCAGGCGGAAUCUCACCUGGCUGAGAUAGAGCUACUCUCCAGUAUGUACCCCGGUGAAGACGAGCUGGUGAUUACUGACCAACUAGCUGUGGCUGAGCUCAGGGAGUAUGUGGAGGGAGCAACAGACACCUAUCCUCUGUCCAGACCACACAUCCUCAUCAAACAGAAGCUGGACACUGACACUGUGAAGGGGGUGAACGUGACCAUAUCUUGCACCUACUCAUCUGACUACCCUAAUGUCUUACCUGAAAUAGCUGUACGGUGUCCUGACCUCAGCCGAUCCCAGCAGGCCCAGCUUCACUCAGACAUGAACGCCUACCUCUCAGAGAGCUGCCGUGGAGAUGUCUGCGUCCUCUCUGCCGUGGAGUGGGUGAAAGACAACGUACACCUGUACCUGACCGACAAGAGCACAUCAUCAACAGCAGCCCCUGGCAAGAAAGAGUCUCGGUCUACCUGCUCAUCUUCGCAGCCCAAAGAGCAGUUCAGUCGCCUGUGGAUCUACAGCCACCACAUCUAUAAUAAGAGGAAGAGGAAGAACAUUCUGGAGUGGUCCAAGGAGCUGGAUCUGUCAGGGUUCAGUAUGCCUGGCAAGCCUGGGAUCAUCUGUGUGGAAGGCCCUCAGUCGGCCUGCGAAGACUUCUGGGCCAGGGUGAAGGUUCUAACCUGGAAGAAAAUCAUUAUUCGUCACAGAGAGGAUGUUGCCGUGGACAGUCGGAGGGCUGAGGCCAGCGUGGCAGACCACACGGAUUCCCUCCGUAGGUUCACAGGGUUCGAGGAGGCUGUGUUUGAUCCACACGGGAACAGAGGAAACCAUAUGAACCUGGGCCAGCUCUAUCAGUACCUCAACGAGAGAGGAUGUGGAGACGUCUUUCAGCUUUACUUUGGAAUUGAAGGAAGGUAGUAUAGCUGAUAGGAUAGGUCCCAUAACUGUUGGUUGUACCCAAAUGUACGCUGUAUCCACAUGAACCAAUGGCAGGAAUCAAGUACCCACAUGAACCAAUGGCAGGAAUCAAGUACCCACACGAACCAAUGGCAGGAAUCACAAGUACCCA